CAGCUGCUCCGCAUCACCAAACAUCGCCUUUCUUUUUCCGGCAUCGUUCGCUUGCUCGCCGGUCAAUCAGGGGGCGGAAGAUAUGCAAUAGGGCCAGCCUGAAGCAUAGUGAGAUUUUUUCACCGGAGGCCUGCAGGUGCUUGUGCCACUUUGCGCUAGUCUGUACAUUGCUUCACCGGUCUAAGACUUUAAGCACACAUAGCGCACUGCUGUCCGCAUCGCGGGCUUCAAUUGCUUUUCUAGCUGCUUGUUUCUUGCAGUGUGCUUCGCAGGUUCGAGGCCUUGGUCACGAGAUGGACGACUUAGCGACGAAUCUCGAUGGUUUGAAGCUUGCGGAGCGGCUGCAUGGGGUGCGACAAGGGGAGUACUGGUUGCAUCUUGAGGCAGAGGGUCCUUUGGAGAAAUAUCCAGCGAAGCAACAUGCACGGCGGGUGCGUGAGCGCCUGGAUGUGGCUGAGGGCUUGAUUUACCUCCCUGGUGCACCAGCAAGAAGCAAUGAGGAUAGUGACAUGCCCGCGCCUUUUCGCCAGCGCCGGUAUUUUUACUAUAUGAGCGGCUGCAACGAAACGAGCUGUCAAUUGGCGUAUGACAUCAGGCGAGAUAUUCUCACCUUGUUCAUUCCGCGUAUCAACCCGGAUCGCGUUGUUUGGAAUGGCCGCGGCUCAACUCCUGCAGAGGCUAUGGAUAAGUACGACGUUGACGAGGUUUUCCACACAGACCAAGUGGAGUCUUGGAUACAUGACUGGUUCCUUCACUACCGACAUGAUCAGCAACUCUAUGUCCUGCACAAGGAGCAAAUGCCGCCUUUGCGAUUUCCCUGGCCCGUGGAUUGCACUUCGUUGCUGCCCGCGAUGUAUCAGUGUCGGAUGAUUAAAGAUGACCAUGAGAUCAAAUUGAUUCGCAAGGCAAACGAAAUUUCGUCCAAAGCACACAAGCAAGUCCUUGCCAACAUCACCAAAUUCCACAACGAAGCCCAAGUCGAAGGACAGUUUCUGAACACUUGUGUGUCACAUCAAGCAAAGCAACAGGCUUAUGACAUAAUUGCAGCCUCUGGGCCGAACGCCGGCACCCUGCACUAUGAUGCCAAUAAUGAAGACUUCGAAGACCGCCAACUCAUGUGUCUGGACGCUGGAUGUGAGUACGAGCUAUACGCAUCCGAUAUCACGCGAACAUUCCCUCUUUCUAAGUCCUGGCCGUCGAAAGAGGCCGAGAACAUCUACAAGCUUGUUGAGCGCAUGCAAGAAGCUUGCAUUCAGAAGCUAGCUCCAGGCGUGCGGUACUUGGAUCUUCACGUAUUCGCGCAUCAGAUUGCCAUCGACGGCUUGCUAAAACUUGGUCUGCUGCACAACGGUACACGGGAGGAGAUAUUUAAGGCAGGCACUAGCAAGGCUUUCUUUCCCCACGGCUUAGGCCAUCAUGUGGGGUUGGAAGUGCAUGAUGUAGGGCAACAGGAGUUGAUGAGCUUGUACAAGCAUCCUAAGUACGACAAGGUUCCUUCACUAUAUCCUGAAGACUUCCAUCUGCCCGUCUACGACACGAAACAGUGCAUGGCCCCAACAGAUCCCCAGAGCCCGCAUCUAGAAGAGGGUAACGUGGUCACCGUGGAGCCAGGAAUCUACUUCUCCGCAUAUGUGUUCAGCCACUUCUACCUACCAUCUCCAGUGCAUUCUAAAUAUAUUAAUACCGAGGUACUUUAUAAAUAUUUUCCAGUAGGAGGCGUUCGGAUCGAGGACGAUAUCCUCAUUACUUCUAAAGGCUAUGAGAAUCUCACCACUGCGCCAAAGGGCGAUGAUAUGUUUACUAUCAUCAGAGGACAACCUACAGGCUCUACUAUCAAGUCUCGCGACACGAGGAUGGACACCCUACAAGAGCCACUUCGUCUUGCGCCGGGUAUCUCAAAACGUGUGGCGGAUCCUUUGUUGGAAACCAUUUCCCCAGCUGCCACAGAUCCUCGUGCCACUAUACGAAGAGCAAGCGUAGAAGAGGACCCGACCUUCCAGGAUCACUGGCUCUUCAAUGAUUCAAGGAAAACGGCUCAAUCUACCCGAGAUGAGAGAAAAGAGAAGUCUGCCCAGACUGCGCGUCAUGCCGUCUGUCAAAAUAAUCAUGUGCCUCUGUGCGGUACUGCUUCUGCAGGUGUCGAACACAUGUACAUGGGCUGGCAGAACCAAGUCAGAAAUAAUACGGCUUCUCCUUAUCUUGGAAUUGGUAUCAAGGCUCCAGUACAAAAAUGCCAACAGUGUGUUGUUCUCUCUGAGGCAGUCGACCGCCUUAGGGAGACUCUAAGUCGCUCGACCAAGACCUCGCCAACGACUUCACCGAGACUUGGGAGCGGCGAAUUUGAGUGCCGAGGCAGUAACAAACCAGUACCGCCGACUGGGAAUAGAUUUGUCCCCCCAAUGGGGCCUAAAGUAUCAGAGAUGCGACAGAUCAACCCAUUGCCACCGAGAAACUUUGCGGACAGGACACUGCGUGAGCUCUCAGCUCCAGGAUAUGAGAUACCAUCGUCUUCCACCAUACAGUGUCACGAAAUAAUUGACAACACCACCACCACUGCACCGCGAGCAAAGACUCAACGACGUUCUGUAACCUUCGAUAGCCUUCCUGCAGUACGCCCUCAGUCGCUUACGGCUCGUUCAGAAUACCUUCCCAGGCCCAGUGACUGGUACACCGAAUCCCCGCGUCCUAUGAACAUGCGAGCAAACCUUCCUGUGCACAACUAUUCUGAACCACCAAGAACCACGUCCUCUGUCAUCCCAGAGCCGAAUCCAACUUCUCAGUGGAACUUCACAAAUCUUCAAAGGCAUGUCCCGAAGCCGCAACCUCCCCUGCCGGAGGCAUGGGCGUCUGUAGUCCAAAGGAAGAGGGUGUCGGCCGAUGAUCUCGCCCGAGGAAGUCUCUCCGCAGCAGUCGAACGUGGAAAAGAUCGCGAGCCAUGCACGCAUCCGGCCGACUUUCUGCGUCGCCCCGAUCCACGGCCUUCGCUACCAAACCUGCGUCAAGGCGCACUGCCUGCGAUAACCAGGAGAGAAGGCGCCGCUUCCGUGCGGAGUAAUAUCUCAAACUCACAAAAUCGCCAAACUGCGUACAUGGCGGACUUGUCUGCAUACGACCAUGGCUUGAGGCACAGACGCUCGAUGGGCAGUGCGCUCAGAUCUUCCGCGAAUGGUUGCAUGUUGCCCGAGACCCAACCCCCGCUCGACAGCGCUUCUCGUAACGCAGCGGCUACAGUGUCAAGGACGCAGGGUAUUUCUCACUGGAACGAACAGCGCCAGCGCCUCGAGAGACUUGAGAGAGAAACGAGGCCGUUGUACGGCCGCUCCCGACCUGGUGGAGAGGAGCUUCAGGGUGUGGACUACACGCGCUAGUAAACGCGUCCUUGUACAUGCACGACGUCGGUUGGAUUGCGGUUGACGUUGGGGCUGGCGUGCAGAGAAGCGGCGAGUCGGUGGGGGUUCACGAUUUCCAAUUUGCUGAUAUAAAUACGUUCUACGCUUUACUUCCCUUAGCAGCCAGGUAGGUACCAUACGUUGUUCAUACCAAUACGUUAUCCAUGU